AUGGUCUAUCUCCCUGCAACACGACACCUCAACGGCGUCCGCCUCCUCGCUCUAGACGGAGGCGGUGUCCGAGGCGUGGCCUCUCUCAUCGUCCUAAAGGAAAUUAUGAAAAGAGUCCAAGCUCGAAAGGGUCUCAAGGAGGAAUGCCGCCCAGCAGAUUACUUUGAGCUCGGUGCCGGCACGAGCACUGGCGGCAUCAUCGGCAUCAUGCUCUUCCGGCUUCGCAUGACGGCUUCACAAGCCAUUACAGAGUACGACGACAUUUCCAAGGAGGUGUUCAGCCCCAAAAUCUAUGGCUGGAACAUCACGCGCGUGAUGCCCAACAAGGUCGCUUCCUGGAUCAACAACAGCAAAACGCUGGUGCAAAGCAGCCGAUUCGACGAUACAUCGUUGAAAAAGGCCAUCAACAAGGUUGUUGCCAAAUACGGCUUGGACGAGGAGGACAGGCGAUUGGGGGGCGACGCACCAUUGCUGCAUCCCAAAGCAGGCAGAAUGAUCGUCUGCACAACGGCUCAGAACAGAGCUGAAACAGUGCUGCUCAGAUCUUACAAGGACAACACAAUCCAUGUAAAAUCCAAAGUCAACGACACCAUGAAAGAGCACUCAGACAAAAUCACCAUCAGUCUAGCCACGCGGGCCACUUCUGCCGCACCCACUUAUUUCCCCGAAGUCAAGUGGCCAGAGAACGACCCCAAGUUGACAUUCUGGGAUGGCGGCCUACUCAACAACAACCCCAUUGACCAGCUGUGGUACUCAAGAUAUGAGCUCGUCCAGCCAAAUGAGCCUGCACCUCCAGUUUCCUGCGUCAUCAGCCUGGGCACCGGCUAUGUCAAGCCCGACUCGCCAUCAGAGUCAUGGUUCCAGCUCGCGGGAGUGGCAUCUUCCGUCAUGGGCUUUGCUACAAACACAAAUGCCAAGGGCAAGGAUUUUUCACGGCACAUGACGACAUUGAACAACCGUCCUGAGCAUGCAAAGACCAGAUAUGUCAGAUUUAACCCGUCGCUGGGCACCAGUGAGAUUGGGCUGGCAGAUUACACCAAGAUGGACGAACUGAAGACAUUGGCGACCAAGUAUAUCGAGGACAAGGCCAACCAGCUGUGGAUUGACAAGGCUGUCCUCGCAUUGUGCGAUGAGUAA